AUGUUUUCAGCCGGUUCAAUCUGGAAAAUACACGUCGUUUUGGCCAUGAUUGCCCUCAUCAGCCUACCAGCCGCUGAGCUUGCCGAAGUCCAACGACAUGCCCUUUCACGAAGAAAAAAAGCUGAUAAACCACCACUAAUGGUCGGUGUCCCAGUCGAGAAUAUUCGCUGUGGUGACAGCUGGAAAGCUGCGCCAAUACCAGAUAGCCCGAAGCUACAAGGUGACCAAAUCGCUUGCAGAGGAUGCGAUGGUGUGGGUUACUUUUGCCCGUCGAAUACAUGUAAAUAUGGGAGCUUAAAAAUCGACGACGUCCCGCAUGGCUACUCUCUUUCAGACUGGCGCUUUGAAAAAUGCACACGGUACCCCAAUCCUAAGGAGAUAGACCCCACAACUCGAAAUCCCCCACUACCAUUUGAAGUGAAAAAAUUGUAUCCAAUUUCAAUCUGGGCCCACAAUAAAGCCGGAUACAUGGUGGUCAGGGGUUGGGACGAAGAAAAAACUCCACCAGACCAAACAACACGUAAUUACAUCUGUAAAUGGAAAAACUUCAAGGACAUUAAUAACCAAAGACCUGCAUGCCGUAGAUGCAUCCGCGGCGACUUCAAAGAAGAUGAUGAACCAAAAAUCAUUCUGCAGAAGUAG